AUGAGCACGGACGAAAUGGGUAAAAAAGCGGACUUGGGCCCCGAGUAUCAGCGUUUACUGCCUCAAGCCCAGUCUGUAGCUGCCAGUGGUGACGUUGAGCGUGCAUGUGAGAUGAUGUUGUCAUUAGAGAAACAAGCGCGACUGGCAAAUGACGUGGCGACAUUAAAAGAGGCCGUGGGCGCUAUUCUCACGUUAUGUGUGCAAUCAAAACGUUGGGAUUUAUUAAAAGACCAUGUAAUGCUAUUAUCCAAGCGUCGGGCUCAAAAAUCCAGUGCUAUUACUGUCGUAGUCCAACGUGCAAUGGAAUAUCUGGUUGAGACGCCUUCGGAUGCUAUUAAGAUGGAUCUUAUCAAUGCGCUACGUUCUGUAGCCGAAGGAAAAAUCUUUUUAGAAAAGGAGAGAGCUACAUUGACCCAAAUGUUGUCAAGGAUGAAAGAAGCUCGUGGAGAGAUUGAUGAAGCUGCUACAAUCUUACAAGAAGUUCAUGUUGAAACGUAUGGUGCAAUGACGAAACUAGAAAAGACAGAGUUUAUUUUGGAACAAGUGAGACUUACAUUAGCUAAGAAAGACUAUGUGAGAGCUAAUAUCUUGGCCAAGAAGAUUUUACGUCGUACGUUGGAUGAAAAGGACUUUCAAGAGUGUAAACUCAAGUUUUAUCACUUGAUGAUUGAGUAUGACACGCAUGAGAAUGAUACGUUGGAGUUAUGUCGUCAUUGGAUGGCGAUCUUUCAUACGGAGAUGGUCAAGGAGAAGGAGGAGAUGUGGAAGAAGGCACUGGAACAUGCGACGGUCUUUGUUGUACUGUCACCUUAUUCGAACUUGCAGAACGACCUGCUGUAUAAAUUGGCCAGUGAGAAGUUAAUGGAGAAGACUCCGGACUUUGCAGCGGUGCUCAAGAAGUUCACGACCAAGGAGAUUAUUGGCUUUCCCAUGGAACAGGAUGCAGUGCUGAAGGAACAUCCGAUUUUCAAGCAUGGGGAACGUGGUGCUGAGUGGUGGAAGACCUUUCAUACUCGUGUCGUCGAGCACAACAUCCGUGUGGUGGCGGAACACUACGAACGUAUUCGUCUACCUCACUUGGCCAACAUGAUUGGACUCGCGGAAGACCUGACGGAAAGCUCUAUCUCGACCCUAGUGAGCGACGGAUCCAUUUAUGCCAAAAUCGACCGCCCUGCCAAGCUCGUUUCAUUCCACAGACCGCUUUCACCGGAAGAGCAGCUUUCCAACUGGUCGGCGGAUAUUUCUCAGCUGCUUCGUCUGGUCGAGACUACGUGCCACUUGGUCAACAAAGAAAACAUGAUUCACAAGAUCUGA